GAAUAAAGAAAAACGUUUUCUUUUGGUAUCACCAAAGAGACUAACACUGUAUAUAUAGUACUUCUAUUGCACUACUUUACGUACCAUGAGAACAAAACUACUCACAACUUACAAUAUAAAGGGCGUGCAAAGUAUAUAUAAAGUCACAUAAGAGAAUGAUUAACUGGAGACAAAGUCAGACUGCUAGACUUUACCACAAAUUCCACUGGGAAUCUCGCUCUCCCUGUCUUCCUGUGGUUACGUAACAUCUCGUGUGAUAACGCAGCCUGAGCUUCCUACAGAAAUUACACACUCACUCACACGCACACACUUACGCACACAUAAAACCACCUCUUAACAACAGCCACAAGUAGUCCUUACAACAAGUCAGCUUGCAAACCAGAGAGGAGGCAAUGAGCAGCGGGGUGUGGUUUCCUACGCUGGGGCUGAUGGCCUGGCUGUGCUGCCUCAGUCUGGGGCCCGUUCAGGGGGGGAAGGUGCUGGUUAUGCCUGUGGAUGGGAGCCACUGGCUUAGCAUGAAGAUUCUGGUGAAGGAGCUCAUCCACAGGGGCCAUGAAGUUGUGGUCCUGGUGCCUGAAAGCAGCCUGUUGAUCCGAGGCUCAGAGAGCUACAGGACUGAGAUCUACCAAGUGCCCUACACCAAAGCUGAGCUGGACGAAAAAUUCAACGAGCUCAGGGAUGGAGUGUUCCUCAAGCCACCAGCAAUCACAGAUAUGUUUAUCAAUGUGCAACGUUUGAUUAACUUUACUUCUGUUCAGGUGAAAGGUUGUGAGAGUUUGCUUAACAACAAACCUCUAAUGAGUCGAAUGCAGGGAGAGGGCUUCGAUCUUAUGCUAACAGACCCCUUUCUUCCCUGCGGCUCCAUCCUGGCUCAUGUCUUUUCCAUACCAGCUGUUUAUUUCCUGCGUGGACUUCCAUGUGAGUUGGAUACAAAGGCUAACCAAUGCCCUUCUCCUCCUUCCUACGUUCCUGUGUUCUUCUCUGGUGGAACAGACACCAUGACCUUCCCACAGAGAGUCAAGAACAUGUUUAUGCGUCUUGUGGAGUCCUACUUGUGCCGCAUAAUAUAUGUCCACUUCGAGGACCUGGUCAGCCGGUAUUUGGGAGACAACAUGACCUACAAGGAUCUUUUAAGCCAUGGUGCUUUGUGGCUUCUCAGAUAUGACUUUACUUUUGAAUGGCCCAAGCCUGUCAUGCCCAACAUGGUUUUUAUUGGAGGCAUCAACUGUGCGAAGAAAGCUCCUCUGCCAGCAGACUUGAAGGAGUUUGUGGAUGGCUCAGGAGACGACGGCUUUAUUGUCUUUACCCUGGGCUCAGUAGUGUCCAGCAUGCCUGAGGAGAAGGCUAAACAGUUCUUUGAGGCUUUUCGGCAAAUUCCACAAAGGGUUGUGUGGAGAUACACUGGAGUGAUACCUGACAAUGUACCCAAGAAUGUAAGACUUAUGAAGUGGCUACCUCAGAAUGAUCUCCUAGCUCAUCCCAAGGCUAGGGUCUUCAUCACUCAUGGAGGUACCCACGGUAUCUACGAGAGUAUCUGUAAUGCUGUUCCCAUGUUGAUGUUUCCACUGUUUGGGGACCAAGGAGACAAUGCACAUCGCAUGGUGGUCCGCGGUGUUGCAGAGAAACUCGGUAUUUAUGAUAUGACAACUGAAAGCCUGUUGGCGGCGCUAAAUAAAAUAAUCCAUGACAAAAGUUACAAGGAGAAGAUAGUGAAGCUGUCCAAGAUACACCUGGACCGUCCUGUUCAGCCUUUAGACCUGGCUGUUUUCUGGACUGAGUUUGUUAUGAGACACAAAGGAGCCGCACAUCUAAGGGUGGCCGCACAUGAUUUGAACUGGAUUCAGUAUCACAGCCUGGAUGUCAUUGGCUUUUUGCUCAUCAUUCUCAUAACUGUUCUGUGGGUGACUCUCAAAUGCUGCUUGUUCUGCACCCACAAGUGUUGCAGAAAGGGGACUGCAAAGAGAAAAUCAGAGUAGAGUUUUUAAAUACAACAUUGAUUAGGUUUUCUAAAUUCUGUGGUGAAGUGAAUAAUGGAAGUUGAAACACUGCAAUUAUAUUUCAUACUGAUGCACUGUAUGUAGUGUGUGUGUGUGUGUGUGUGUGUGUGUGUGUGUGUGUGUGUGUGUGUGUCCUCUCAAGAAACAAACUUCAAU